UGUCUGAGCCAAACCCUGCUGCAAUUCAGCGCAAGCUCCUAAAUCCUCCUCCACUUUCCUAGCUGGAGCAGCAGCAGGAGGCGCAGGAGCUCAGCGGAUCUGGCAGGGUGUCCAGUGAGCGCGCUGGAUUUUCUUCCUCCUCUGCUGAUCAUGGCUUGAGCUCGGCUGCCGGUGGAGGUGCCUGGGGUGGGGGAAGGGCUGGGUCCGGCUGCUCCCUGCAGGGGGAGCCAGGCUGCCACUUAGGUCCCGGGCGCCAAGCGCAGGUGCUGCCGCUGUUACCUUUACCUCCGGGGAGGGCAGGGGGCUGGCGUUGCAGGUUGAAGCUGCCGAGAGAGGCGCACGCGGAAGGGAGUGAGGAACGCUCCCCGCCCCUUUUCCCCGGUACGUGCAGCAGCAGGAGCCGAGGCGAGCUGCAGCCUCGGGAGAGAGGAAGAGGCGCCGCCACGCACUGGAGCGAGCUUCUCCCGGGCGCAGCGGCUCUCGGGGCUUCUCCCGCAGCCCGGCGGGCCCCGAGGUGGGGGGACUCGCCCCCCGUGGCGCGGAGCCAGAUGUGCGGGGCCAGGGGCUGGAAGGAGCCAGCCAGGCGGUGCCGUGAGCUCUGCCCUGCGGGGCCGCUGCCCCCGGCUUGCCCGCGGGACCCGUAGCGGGUGCUGGGGCAGGGAAGCCGCAGCUUGGCCGUGCGGAGCGGAGGCGGCUUUGCAGAGGCUUCCCCGAGGCGGCUCGGCGCCGGCUGUGCGGGGCUGGGGCAGGCUCGGUUGCGGCGGCUGGCGGCGGGGGGGUCUCGGCCGAGCGCGGCUUGAAGCGCAGGACAGGGGGGUCCUGGGCUGCGUGGGCGGCUCGGGUCGCCCUCCCCGGGCGUGCGGAGCCCGCGGCGCAGUCGGUAGCUCCGCGCUAGCUUUGAAGCGCCCGGCCCCAUCCCACCCCCCUCGGCUCUCUAUGUGAGGCUCCCGGAUGGCGAUAGACCGGCGACGCGAAGCGGCUGGCGGAGGCCGGCAGCUGCCCGAGGAGAACGGGUCCCUGCCGGCCGGGGAGGCGGGCUCGGCGGCAGCAGCAGCGACGCUGGCGGUGGCUCCCCCCGCGACCGCGGAGAUCCAGACCCUGCCGCCGCCUGCCGCCGGCUCCUGCAGCCCCCUGCUGCUGGACUACGAUGGCUCGGUGCUGCCUUUCCUCGGCGGGCUGGGCUGCGGGUACCAGAGGACCCUGGUGCUGCUCACUUGGAUCCCGGCCCUUUUCAUCGGCUUCAGCCAAUUCUCGGACUCCUUCCUGCUGGACCAGCCUGACUUCUGGUGCCGGGAGCCGGACGGGCAGGGCAACGGGACGGACAACUUGACCCGGGGGCUGGCUAACCACAGCCAGAGCAGCAGCGCCGGGAUGCUGGGGGCCCCGGCGCUGCCCACCCCGCCGCCGGGAGACAACGCCAGCCAAUGCCACUGCCACGAGUGGCACUACCUGAUCAGAGCCGGUCUCGUCCAGAACGUCGUGAGCAAGUGGGAUCUCGUUUGUGAAUCUUCCUGGAAAGUCCAUAUUGCUAAAUUCUCCCUACUGGUAGGCUUAAUCUUUGGCUACUUGAUAACAGGAUGUAUAGCUGACUGGGUUGGUCGACGGCCAGUGCUACUCUUCUCGGUCAUAUUCAUUCUGAUAUUUGGACUGACUGUGGCUCUCUCAGUAAAUGUGACAAUGUUCAGCACACUCAGGUUUUUUGAAGGGUUUUGCCUGGCUGGAAUAAUCCUCUCCCUGUAUGCACUGCGAAUAGAACUCUGUCCUCCUGGGCACCGGUUCAUGGUCACCAUGGUGGCAAGCUUCAUUGCAAUGGCAGGACAGUUCCUCAUGCCAGGACUGGCUGCCCUCUGCAGGGACUGGCAGGUUCUCCAGGCGGUCAUCAUCUGCCCUUUCCUGCUGAUGCUGCUUUACUGGGUUAUUUUCCCGGAGUCCCUUCGGUGGCUGAUGGCUACACAACAAUUUGAGGCAGCCAAGAAACUUAUUCUUCACUUCACUAACAAGAACGAGAUGAACGUUGAAAGUGAUAUCAAAGGAGUGAUGCCUGAGCUGGAGAAGGAGCUUACCAGGAGGCCCAAGAAGGUCUGCAUUGUUAAAGUGGUGGGAACCAGGAACCUGUGGAAAAACAUUGUAGUAUUGUGUGUGAACUCGCUGACCGGGUUUGGGAUACAUCACUGCUUUGCAAAAAGCAUGAUGGGUCAUGAAAUGAAGAACUCGAAUCCCCACCAUUUCUAUACAGACUACUAUACCAUGGCAGGGAUUGCUCUGGCAUCCUGUCUGGCUAUGUGCCCCGUCGUUGGGUUUCUAGGGCGAAGAGGAGGACUGUUGCUGUUCAUGAUUCUGACAGCUCUGGCAUCGCUUCUACAGUUAGGCCUUCUCAACUUGAUUGGAAAAUAUAGUCAACUUCCAGACUCAGGUAUGAGUGACAGCGUCAAGGACAAAUUCUCUACUGCAUUUUCCAUUGUGGGUAUGUUUUCUUCGCAUGCUGUUGGAAGUCUUAGUGUUUUCUUCUGUGCUGAAAUCACACCAACAGUAAUAAGGGGAGGUGGACUCGGACUUGUCCUGGCCAGUGCAGGCUUUGGUAUGCUGACUGCACCUAUAAUGGAGCUUCAUAACCAGAAAGGCUACUUUCUGCACCAUGUGAUCUUUGCCUGCUGUACGCUCAUUUGCAUCAUCUGUAUUCUUCUCUUGCCGGAGAGCAAGAACCAAAACCUGCCUGAGAACAUCCCAGACGGCGAACACUACACCAGGAAGCCCCUCCUACCACACAAGAAAGGGGAGCAGCCCCUGCUUCUGACAAACUCUGAACUCAAGGAUUAUUCUGGCCUCCACGAUUCGUCAGCUGUGGGCGACGGGGUGUCCGAGAAUACCACUGCCAAUGGGAUGUAACUGGGCAGAUUUUUUUAUUUUAUUUUAUUUUAUUGGGAGAAGGCGCACUUUGGGUGGGGGCAUUUUGCACGGGUUUGCAGACCAGUGAUGGAACAGAUGGAUACAUGGGGGAAUUCAGCUCUGCUGCUAAAGCCACUUAUUGUAGGAAUCUUCAACUGGUGUACAAAUUACUUUUGAAAAGGUUAUGGGGGGAAAUAACACAUCUGAGAAAAGAACUGGACGGAGAUAACCCUUCCAAACUUUCUUUUCCUGGAAUUAAAUGUUUAUAUUUAUUUUGAUUAUCAUUUUAAAGAAGCACUUUACUCCCUUUUCAUUGAUCACAUGAAUGAAGCCAUCUUAUUUCAAGAGGUGCAGCCAUUCCAAAAAAGAAAUGGUGUGAUGUUUUUUGUUUGUUUUUGUGUUUUGUUAAAGGAAAGAGGUAUCUCUGCUGCAAAGCUGAAUCUACUGAAACUUAGGCUAGAACAACAUUAGUUCUGCCUGUCUAGAAAGUCAAAUCCCCCAGGUUGCCUGCUCUGUUUGUACAAACAACAAAAAACCUGUUGUGAGUCAAACUCUGGCUGCAUUUUAUUUAGCGUAAAUUAGGUUUUGAUAGUGUCCCCAUAUGUAUUUAAAAGUUAUUUUCUAAAUUAGAGUUGUUUUUUUACUGUAGUUAAAGCAGUCAGCAAAAUACUACACAAACUAGCUUAGUUUUUCAAUCAGGAUCAGCCUUCUACAUUUUAAAUAUCACAUUCAGCUCUUUUAGAGAUUUCCAGCAAGUGAUUAAUAAUAAUAUAAACAACUGAAAUGAGUUGACCACCAGUGGUAAAAUUAGGUUUACCAAGAAUGGUGUUAACUAACAGGAGGUUCAAUAUCUGUAUCCUAGUGUUCCAGAGAAUAUUUUUGGUUAAAGGAGACAAAAUGUAGGAGUAUUGGCUACAAUCUGAAAUGCUUGCUCCAAAAGGGAGUUUAGCUGAAAUUUCCACUAGUACAAGAACUGUGACAUUGCAUGCCCUAACUGUUUAAAGCCUGUUCUUAUUUAAAUUUAUUUUAUUAGAAUAAAAGGGAAUGAAUUGAUUAUUUGAAUAAAUACUGAAGAUGGGGGGGGGAGAAAGGGCUGUUUAAAAUGUUACUUAAAUAGAGGUCAAGAGGGCACUCUCUAUGAAAUGGGUCAUCUUUAAUUAUACGUUUUUAAAACCUCCUGUCCAAGCCAGAAUUGUGAUUACUAUAUAUUUUGCUGUCUCCUGUUUGCUAUUUCUGACCCAAGAAUUUACAAUGAACUGCCACCUUAAUCCCACCAAAAAUGUGCUCUUGUAGACUCUCUCUUAAAAAAAAAAAAAAAAAAAAAUACUAUAGGAUCACUUGUUUGAUUAAAGUAAUUUAAAAUGCCUCUGCUUAGUAAAGUAAGAAGCAAAUCUUUCAUUUAUUGCAAAGAUGGCUACUUGAUAAUAGCCAGGUGAGUCCCCAAGCCAGCAACAGAUUUGCAUUGUUGUGUGAAUGUCUUACGGAUCUAGUUAAUACAAGAACAUUCUGAGCUUAAAAGCUUUUUUGCAUCAUUAACAAUCCCCCCACCGCUACCUUCCUUACCUUAUUCACUCCGGCCAUGCAUUUUUGAUUUGCCCAGUGGUACAGCCAUUUAAAUGAACAGAGCAGCAGGAUAUGUAAUGUUGUAUUGAGCAUCCAUAUGAUUGCCACUUUGUUUGAUGGACAUCUUGCAUUCAUAGGCAUGGAAAGGCUAAUCUGCACUUUCCUCUUCUUCCCUAGCCAUUCUUUUGCUCUAUAUAUUGUCUGUUAACUACUGUACCUACUACUUACAUCCUCCAUUAGGCUGCCUUUGUCCUCUUGUAACCCACACAAAAUCAGCAAGACUGUGAGUACUGUAGUAAGCUACACAGCCGCAGAUGCUGAUGAGUGCAAGAGGACGAGCAGGCCUGGAGAAGUGACAAAGAUUGUUGUGGCUGGAAAAUCAAUGUUGUCCUAAAGCUGCUACCUUUUGUACAGAGGAUGUGGACAUUUAGGUUCUUUUUGAGCCACGUAAGAAACACUGGACCAGCUGAUGGUAAUUUUGCCUGGAGUUACGCUAUUGUUUUCACCUUAGUUAGACUUGCUGUGACAGCAACAGACCAAUUUUUCUUACACUCUCUAAACAUCUCUAGUUACUGUACGGUUUGAAAGUGGCCACCUCUCCUUCGUUUUGUUCUGCGUUCAGAUUUUUGCAGUCUGCAUUCACCUCGAAAAUAAGGCCUUUCGGUUUGUGCAGUAUUCAUGUGCCAAAUUUGUGUAAUACCUUUUGCCUUUUAUAUGAAGCUUGUUACAAGCCACAUAUCAGGAAAAGUGGGUUUAUAUCAAAAUCUAGAAAGUAAAACAAAUAAUAAUCCAGGGAGGGGGGCCUUGACACAGGAGACCAAUAGAGAGAGCAGAGGAUUGUUUGAAAUCGGGCAUGCACACAGACUCAGAGCUGUUACGCAGCACCUUGCAAUCCAUAUACCAUAGAACCGCUUUUUAGUUCAUGGUCUCUGUGCAAAUAUACUCAGGCUACAGUACAAAUCAUGUACUUUCACAAGCCUAUUAGACGGAUUGCAUUUAGCACUGUUAUGGUCCUGGUGUGUCAUCGCUGUUGUCCACAGCACUUUAUAGUUUCCUAUUCUGGUGUUUGCUCUUUCAUUACAAACAGUCCCAGGAAAAAGAACUGUUUAAACAUAUCAGCCUAUUUAUAUAAGAAAUAAAUACAUUAGGUGACAGGCGCACUUGGCAAUUUUUGUGAAAUUUACCUUUGUAUUUUGUUUUUUAAUUUGCCUGAGAUGAGGCAUUUGGUACUAGUCCUUUGAAAUGAGGUCCCAACACCUAUGGUUUGCUUGGCUCAGUCAUGGCCAAAACAUUAAGUAAUAGUCUGUCUCGGCAGCUCUGUUAUAGCUCAUUUGAGAGGAUGAAAGCCUGUUUUUUAAAAAGAUAUUACACUCCACUAAAGCUGAUGGCUAUCUGAGGCUGGAAAGUUUCUGGGGAGAGACAGACAGGUACUAAAUGAUACAGCAGGGCAGGAGGCUAUAAACAAGCAUCAGUUUCCUACUGUGUUCUGUCCGGUUCUUUGUACAGUUGGUUACUGUGGCAGUUUUUUAACAACUGUCUGUCAAGCCAUAAGCGUCUCAAUCCUGGUUCUCCACAGCGCAAAGGAAACAUUUUUCUCAGAUGACUACUGUUCCCAGCCAAUGCAACAAGGAAAGCAUUCAAAGCUUUGCUGUCCAUUUAGGCCCAUUUCUUUCCAUAAGCCCUCAGUUAUUCUAGCCCACUAGUGGGGUUUUUAGUUACCAUUUAAGGGACAUGUUUUGUUUUUUGUUUUUAGAAUUUUUCAACAGAAUGUGAAAAUGGCAUUACACUUGAUCAUUUUAUGGGGUGUUUUUUUCAGCAAUGUUUCUGUUGCCAAACACACUGAAAAUAGAUAAGAUGAGGAAAAGCAUGUAAUCUUUGCCACUUUUGAAAACUGUUGUUUUGGUUAAGCAGGGUUUUUUGGUUUUGUUUCGGUUUUGCUUUGUUUUAACAUGGAAGUAUUUUUCUUAAAUGAUGCCACUUCCUGGAGCCAAAUGCUAAAGAUCACCAAAUUGGAAGCAGAAGUGCCAUUAAAUGAACUCUGUGAAUGUCAAGUCAAAUUGCAGCUGUAGCUAGCACAUAAAGACAACGCUUAAGUGCGGGUUGAUCUCCCACACUUUAACUUAAAAAAAAAAAAAUUAAUCCUCAUUUUAAUUGUAUUGUGUGAAAUGUCUUGGGAAAGGAGUACAGUGUGUUUAUGUCUAGUGGGUGAGACUUCCCUCCCUCCCCUCAGUUUCUGAUGAAGUUUUAUUAAAGAAUCGUGUUACUGUAUGUUUUGAUCAUGAGUAGUCUGGUGGUGCUUAUUCAUAGCACAAGCUUAAAUCAAGUACUGAAAACAGUCUUACAAGCUAAAUGUCUGCAUGAUGUUACAUCUGUUGUACCUACUGAAAAACUUUGUAUGUAAAUGUACAGAAAUAAAAAGGUGUUGCCCCAUUAGCAUA